ACUCUCUGUCUCUCUCUCAUCAUCCCUCUAAAAAGGCCUAAGAAAAGCUCAUAGCCGCCACCAGAUCAAGCCCUAGGUCCAUUUAGGGUUUCGUUUUCCAAUCUCAAGCCCAUUAUCUCCUCCCUCCUCCAAUCCCUCUGAAUUUUUUAUUUUUUAUUUUUUUUCAAAAACAAUUUGAAAAACCCUAACCCUAGAUUGGGUUUGAUCGUACAGGUGUUCUUUCAUUCGGUGAUCCGUGUUUCAAAGACUCCUUUGACAUGGACAUGGAUAUCCCAACUAAUAACAACGAGCCACCCAGUUUGGAUGGAAAUUCUAACAAACGUCGGAGAAAAAAGUCCAUUGUAUGGGAGUACUUCACAAUCGAAACUGUUGGGGCUGGCUGCACCAGGGCCUGCUGUAAGCAGUGCAAGAAAUCGUUUGCCUACAUUACUGGCUCGAAGCUAGCGGGCACAAGCCAUCUCAAACGACACAUUGCCUUGGGGAUCUGUCCAGUAAGUCGACGUAAUAAUGAGGAGAACAAUCAGUUAAUUCCGUAUACCCCUGGUAUCAAAACUGAUGGUGCUGCUAGUGGUACGGACCCACCUAGAAAGCGUUAUAGAACUACUCCUGUUUUUGCCAGUAUCCCCUUCAAUCAGAACAUUUGCAAUCAUGAAAUCGCCAAGAUGAUAAUUUUGCAUGAUUAUCCACUUAACAUUGUUGAACAUACUGGGUUUUUUGAUUUUGUACGGAAUCUUCAGCCUCAGUUUAAUAUGGUUAGCUUUGAUGCCAUCCAAAGGGAAUGUUUGGGUAUCUACCUGAGGGAGAAGCAAAGCCUUUUAAACCUUCUUGAUGGUAUUCCUGGACGCAUGAGCCUUACAUUGGAUAUGUUGACUUCAGAUCAAACCCUAGGUUAUGUAUUUCUUACAGGACACUUUAUUGAUGUCGAUUGGAAAUUGAAUCGUCGGAUCCUUAAUGUUAUCACGGUACCGUCUCCCGAUUCAGAAGUUGCCUUCAAUCAUGCUGUCGUUGCUUGCCUAAGGGAUUGGAGUUUGGACAGCAAGCUACUUACUCUCACUCUUGAUCAAUCCUUUGCAAAUGACACUGUUAGAGAAAAUCUCAGAGGUUUACUCUCCAUCAAGAAUCCACUUAUUCUCAGUGGACAGCUAUUGAUUGGAAAUUGUUACGCCCGUGUUUUAAGUUGUCUUGCCCAAGAUGCAUUAGGGUCUAUGAAGGAAACCAUUAAGAAAGUCCGUGAAAGUGUGAAGUAUGUGAAAACCUCAGACGCUAUUGAAGAAAAAUUCUUCGAGCUGAAACAACAGCUUCAAGUGCCAAGCAUGAAGAGCCUAAUUAUUGAUGAUCAAACAAAAUGGAACACUACUUACCAUAUGCUGGUGGCUGCCUCAGAAUUGAAGGAAGUCUUUUCUUGCUUGGACACUUCCGACCCAAAUUACAAGGAAACCCCCUCUAUGGAUGAGUGGAAACAGGUGGAAACUCUCAGCACAUAUUUAAAGCUUUUAUUUGAUGCGGCUAACAUUUUAAUUACCACAACGUACCCAACUGCCAAUACCUUUUUUCAUGAAGUGUGGAAAAUUCAGCUUGAAUUGACUCACGCAAGCAUGAGUGAGGACCCCUUUAUUAGUAAUCUGAUCAAACCUUUGCAAGAAAAGUUUGAUAAAUAUUGGAAGGACACAAGUCUGGUUCUAGCAAGUGCUGUUGUUAUGGACCCAAGGUUCAAAAUGAAGCUUGUGGAGUUUAGCUUUUCUAGAAUCUACAGUGAGGAUGCUGAGGCCUGGAUGAAGAUUGUUGACGAGGGUGUUCGUGAGCUCUUUCUUGAAUAUAUCGUACAAUCGCUUCCUCCUCCAACUUUUGUGGAAGAAGGGAAUGAAGUAGUUGGCAAAACAGAGCUGCCUGAUCAAGAAGGAACCCUUCUUUCUACUGGUGACGGUCUUUCAGAUUUUGAGGUCUAUAUCUCUGAGAUUACUGGUGAUCAGCAGAUGAAAUCAGAAUUAGAUCAGUAUCUAGAAGAAUCUCUUUUGCCUCGAGUACAAGAAUUUGAUGUUUUGGGUUGGUGGAAACUAAACAGAUUAAAGUACCCAACCCUUUCGAAAAUGGCAUCUGAUAUUCUGUCGAUCCCAGUUUCUACUGUUUCUCCGGAUUCAGUAUUUGACACGGUGAAAAAGAAGAUGGAUAGUUACCAGACUUCUUUGAGGCCGACGACACUCGAAGCCCUUAUCUGUGCGAAGGAUUGGUUGCAAUAUGGAACUACUACUCCAGAAUUUUCAAAUGCUAUUGUUAAAAUGGAAUUUUAGGUUUAUACAGGGUAUACAGAUGAUAUUCAAUUUGUAGAUUAGGCGUCUUUUCUCAGUGAUUUUCUGUCAUUGAUCUCUAAUUCUUUCUUUUUUUUAAGGAAAUUUUCCCGGAUCUAGCAGGGUUUUGUGAUGUCUCUCUCUUUUUAGUAGUGUUGUUGAGAUUGUUGGUUCUGGGGAUUCAUUUGUUAGGUUAUUUUUGCCAACCAACUUUCUUUAUUU